CUUAUUACUUUAGCUCCCUAUUGCCGUUUGACAGUUCACACCCGGCCUUACGUCAAAGUCAACGCUGUCAAAAACCAAAAAAAAAAUUCUCAGAAACCUUUACCAAAUUUCAGUGAUUAUAUAACGAAAUCCCGUUUUUUAUUUUAACCGAACUCAACAAUGUUCGCGACCCAAGCUUGUAGAUUGGCCCCCCGUGCCGCCCAAAAGGUGGUGCAGCAAACCAGAAAUAUGUCGAUCGUCACGGCCCCCCCGAGGGUAAAAAUCAGCCCUGCAGAAAAACUGAUGCACGGACUCGCCAUCUCUGUUGGAUGCCUUUUUAUACCCGCUUGGGUCCUUGUUAACAUCAAAAACUACAAGGGACAAGCAUAAGAAUUGUCUUGUAGGCUUAAGUGUCAUGUAGUUGGAUAAAUUAAAAAUAAAGUUGUAGGUUAAGAGAU